ACACACUCUGUUUAUCAGGGAGCAGCUACAGUUUUCAGGGUUGUUUAGCAUUCUUUGAAUCUGUAAAUAAAAAAAAUCAUCGUAAUUAUUUGUUACCUUGUUCAUGGACGGUGUCCCCUGCCUUCGUGUGUCGCAGUGUCACGCACAGAAAUUCAGAAAAUGUCUACAGUCCAUAGGAGCUCUGGACAUGAAUUCGUGCUUAUUGAAAAACUCAGAUGAGACAGUCCUUCUGCCUAUCAUACCAUCCUGUUUGACACAGCUUGAUCUGCAAUCGCUGAGAAGUAUGGUGGCCUCAGACAGCUUCUGUGAAAUAUUUUGGAGUCAGUCUCCUCUGUUGUCGAAGAAAAGGAGAGAAAGAUCAGGUCGUAACAAACUAGAGAAAAUCCUGCAGGAGUUAUUGGAACGCAAUGGAAAAAGAUGGUUGGAGGAACUGAAGGCAGAUCUUCCUCAUAGCUUUCAGCGGCAUGGAGACCUUAUCCUGCUGGGGGAAAACUGUUUCAGCCUGCCAAUAUGGAAGAAAAUAGAUCAGCUAUGGAGUUCAGUGGCCAAAGGACUGGGGGCUCAGCGCCUGGCAAAGAUUAGUCGAAUAACCAGUGAUGGAUUUAGGUCUCCCAUGGUAACAAUGCUGUUAGGAGAAAACAGCUGGGUCCAACAUGUAGACAACAAGAUAAGGUAUGAGUUUGAUGUGACCAAAUGCAUGUUCUCAGCUGGAAACAUAACAGAAAAGCUCAGAGUCGCGGGAUUUGACUGCAAAGGGGAGACUGUGGUUGAUUUGUAUGCGGGUAUUGGAUACUUCACUCUCCCCUAUCUGGUGCACGCGGGGGCCCAUCAUGUCCACGCCUGUGAGUGGAACCCUGACGCAGUUGAAGCUUUGAAGAAAAACCUUGUGUUGAACGGAGUGUCUGACCGUUGCACUGUUCACCAAGGAGAUAACAGACAACUCCAAAUCUGUGACAUUGCUGACAGAGUGAACCUCGGCCUCAUACCGAGCUCUGAGGAUGGCUGGCCUGUCGCCUGCAGGCUGCUGAAGAGAGUGACUGGUGGUGUUUUGCACAUUCACCAGAACGUCACCUCGCCGUUUCCGAACACAGCAACCAUUCCAGCAAUAGAUGAUGCCACCCAGAGGAUUUCUGGGAAAAGGACCGACAGAGAGGUGUGGCAGGCCUGGGCCGAUGACACAGCAAACCGCAUUCGCUCUCUGUUAAAAGACAUCACUGGUGCGGCGUGGAUAACAAACAUCCAGCACAUAGAACACGUAAAGUCAUACGCUCCUCAUGUUCAUCACAUAGUGCUGGAUUUGGAGUGCAGACCGUCCUGAGCUGCAGACAGACAAUUAUUUAAUUUAAUCAAAAUAAACUGAAUGUUCUAGAGGUAUAACACAUUAGCUGGUUGUUGUGUUUAUUUUAUCAGUGAGGUGAUAUUGCUGAUGUUUUUAUAAAGCUUUAUUCAUCAUGGACAGGUUCACAGCUAUGACACUGCCUCAGGCUGUGUUAUCACAUUUUAGAAAGUGCCAAGCUUCACUUGCGCCACAGCCUCGUUUUCUUUCCACCCGACACCUUCUCUGAAAAUGGAGAUCUUUAAGUGUUUUCAUAUUCUUGUUUUGAUACUUAAUUUUAACCCAUUGUUUAGUCACUAGACUGUCAUAUUGUGUAGGAAAAUCUGAGCUGAAAACAGACAAUUACUUGCUCUCACUGCUCCUAAUUCAGGCAGCUGCAGGAAUGCAAACUUUUGCAUUCCUGCAGCUGCCUGGUAUUCAAGUUUGCAGUUUGAUUUUAUUUAUGGGAUUCAUGUUUGUUGUGUUGACCCUCUCCAAACAAAUCCUACCCCCUUUUCACCUUUAACAUUGUGCUCUGUGAUCUAAAUGAAACAUCUGUGCCAUGCUUUGGUCAAAUAGAAAUCCAACACACCGUUUAGGCCUGGUUAGAAAGUGACAGGACCAAUCAGUGACAAGGGGCAGUACUUUUAGGCGCGGCAGAGCCCUGACGUAAGCAAGCAGUUACAAGAGGCCAGCACAGAUAUGGCAGUAGCGUGGAUUCUGCUAAUACGUCAGUUUUAUCAGAACUUGACGACAUUUCUUCGUUAAAAUAAGAACAAAGAACAGCAGAGAGUUUUUUCUUUUCAAAAAC